AUGAAGUCGUUCUGCUUGAUUUUCGCAAUAUUCGGCUGCGCUUUGGCAGUUUGUACUGACGAACGUGAGCCGAUCGUGAAUACAAUACGUUCUUUGGUGGAUGGAGACAUCAUUCAGUUCUCAGCCUGUCCGGAUGUCAACACAAAUGGUGUGUAUCCCCUCCAGGCCGUAAACGUGACAUUUCCACCGUUUUCAGUGUUCUGCGACUACAGCGUCGAUGGCAAGGGAUGGAUCGUCAUUCAUCGUCGGUUAGAUGGAAGCGUGAGCUUUAAUCGAAACUGGACCGACUACCGGGAUGGGUUUGGAUCACUGCAGGGUGAAUUUUGGCUGGGCUUGGAGAAGAUGCAUCAGAUCAUCCGCGGUGGCAGAUAUCAACUGUUAGUGGUGCUGCAGGAUUUCUAUGGAGCAGUAGUCACGGCACAGUACGACAAUUUCACGAUUGGUUGUGAGAUGGACCGAUACCGUCUUGAGUAUGGGGAAUUUUUAAAUGGAACAGUGAGCGAUAGUUUGCUGAAUUCGAAUGGAAUGCAGUUUUCAACUCCGGAUAGCGAUAACGAUUUAGAUUCUACUGAGCCUAGUUGUGCGGAGUACUAUACAAGUGGAUGGUGGUUCAACGCUUGUCAUGAAGCGAACUUGAAUGGGGUAUAUGACAAGUAUAGACGAAGUAACACUAUGUCGUGGUAUAAUUUCUACUACAAUCACCAGUGUUUGAAAGCUGCACGGAUGAUGAUUCGGUUUGUGGGAGAAAAGAAGUAUUAUGGUAGAUCAAUGCAACAUUAGCUGUAGCUCUAUUUAUUAUAAAUAUGUCAAGAUGCAUUGAUUCUACUUACUCGUAGUAUCCGAAAAUGGAGCGUUGGAAAACGAAGAUUUUUUUAUAGCAAUCAACACCAUUGCAUCCAGAAAUAACAUCACUCUCCCAUUUGAACUAGGCCUUCGGGUGAUCGGAUUGAGUUAUCGGGAUUGAUGAGGAAAGUCAAGCAAAAAUGGAAAUUUUAGUCUAAUUGAAUGAGUUUUCUCCAAACGUUUUUUUCGUUCUCGAAUUUCUGCUGAGCUUAAUCAGUCAGUAGAAACUAAAGAUUUAAAAUUGGCUCACUACUUGACUAUCCUAUUGGUCCCAAGUACAUCUAUAAGCGUACCCUAUUCUAGACGAAAUUCUAGAAUUACACUAUGUUUGUUUUGAUUCUUCAUAGCGACACGUUUGUAUAUUUUUCUUUGAAAAUUUA